UUCUCUAUCAAGAUGGCGGGAGCUCAAUUCGAGUACGAUGAAAAAGGCACAACUUUUUAUUACUUUCUUCUAUCGUUCUUUGGUAUAGUGCUUGUGCCCCUAACAUAUUAUGUAUGGAAGGUCACAAAAUUGCCAGAGGAUCAGAAAGAAACAGUCAAAAUCUGUAGAUGUCCACCAUGUGUAGAAAAACGGGAAUCGUUGCGGAAAAAGGAGCCGAAAUCGAAGAGUAUUCGCUAUGUGAGUCUUUCAGCUAUAGCAGUUUUAUGGGCUUUGUUCUUUAUUGGAGCAUAUAAAGUGUCUCAAUUUGAAAGAGAAUUUGCUGAAUAUGAUCCUUAUGCUGUCUUAGAGUUGGACAGAGGUGCAAGCACGGCAGAUAUACGUCGACAGUAUCGCAGACUCAGCAUGAAAUUCCAUCCUGAUAAAGACACUGGUGAUUCCCAAAAGUUCAUGAGGAUAGCAAAAGCAUAUGAAGCGUUAACUAAUGAAGAAUCACGAAAAAAUUGGGAGGAACAUGGCAACCCUGAUGGACCUGGGGCAACAAGCUUUGGAAUAGCCUUACCUUCCUGGCUUGUUAGCAAGGAAAAUUCCAUGUGGGUUUUGGGAGCUUAUGGACUUGCCUUCAUGGUGAUCCUUCCAAUUGCAGUGGGGACAUGGUGGUACAAGUCAAUCCAGUAUAGCUGUGAACAAAUCCUUUUGAAUACCACUCAGCUUUACAUCCACUUUUUUCUCAAGACACCAGCCAUGCAAUCUAAACGUGUGUUAAUGAUUUUGGCUGGGUCCUUGGAGUUUGAAAAAGGUCACAAUAAUGAAGUUCAGGGGAGGCCUAGUGAUAAUUCAGAGCUACCAGAGCUCAUGCGAGACUUGCCGAACCUGGGGGACAAGAACAAAGAGGCACCACUUUGUUACCCGUACAGCAUCAAGGCAAGAGCUCUGAUCCAUGCUCACUUAUCACGCCUAGAGCUUCCACGGCUCACGCUCAAAUCAGAUCUUGACUUAAUACUUCAAAAGAGUCCAUUCCUCAUUCAAGAAAUGGUGAGUUGUGUGUCACAGCUGGUUGGCAUGGCCAAAGAAGGAAGAGUUGCAAACACACCACGGCUGGAGACGGUGGAGAAUUGCAUGCGUGUCAGUCAAAUGAUAAUUCAGGGGCUGUGGGACACCAAGUCUCCCUUGUUACAACUGCCUCAUCUCAGUCAGGAAAAUUUGCGACACUUCACCACCAAAAAGCGAAGUGUUCGUUCCAUCAAGCAACUGGCAAGUAUGAAAGAUGAGGACAGAAGGGCUCUUUUGCGAAACCUAACUGGGGAACAGUAUGAAGAUGUCAUUAAUGUUUGUUCAAUGUUUCCGUAUGUGGAGAUGGAUGUUAAACCUCAUGUCUUAGAUGAUGCAGAUGAUGCAGGACUGAUCACAACAGGCGCAAUAGUGACUGUGGCUGUUAUAAUAAAAAGACGAAACCUUGGGGAGCUAUUCGAGAAGGAAAACGAAGGUGAUGUCCCACUACUAAAUGGCGUGAAUCCAAAUGAAACUUUAGAACCAAAGGGCUCACCACAACCUGGUGGUCACAAAGUCUGGCAGAAAAACAAAAAGAAAGGGAAAAAAACCAAACCACAAAAAAAGCAACCCAAGAAAAAACCCGUGAAACAACAGCCUAAAAAGAAAAACUCACAGGAUGAGAAGGAGAAAACUAUAGAAGAAAAAGAAGAAUCAAAUGAAAAGAAGAACAAGAACAAGAAAGAAGAAGAGAGGGAGGAAGAGGAGGAGGAGGAUGAGGACUUGGAAGCGGAGAAGGGAGAAGUGGACGUGGAAGCGGAGAAGGAAGAAGUGGACGACGAGGAAGACAAUGAUGAAACUGAUGAUGAUACUACGAACGAGAAAAUUGAAGAAAUUAAGAAAGGAAGAAGAAAACCUGAUGAGCAGGAAUCUGACUUGGAUAGCAGCAGUUCUGGUGAAGAUGAUGACAGCUACGUUCCACAUGAUGUUAGCGCUCGGGAUUCUGAAGAUGAAGCCGAGUGGGACCGACUGCAAGCCGAAGUUAGGACUCGAGAUGCAAUUCUGGAUCCGAAGUCAAAAGAAAGCCAUAUCGUCCAUGCGCCGUAUUUUCCAGAGGAAAAGCAUGAAUGGUGGUGGAUAUAUGUCACAGAUCGCAGAAGAAGAGAGCUAAUAACACGGCCUCAAAUGAUAUGCAACCUUAAAGACGAAGAAAAGCUGGAUCUGAAGUUUCAAGCACCGUACAAAGCCAAAACGUACCAUUACACUGUCACUCUACGAUCAGACUCUUACUUGGACUUGGACGUUCAUCAAAAUUUUAACAUUAAUGUGGAAGAAGCUAAAGAAGUUGAUACCAAACAAUGGGAUCCUGAUUCAGAUGAAGAAGACAAAGACGACUUGGACGAGAGCGGAGAGAGUGAAGAGGAGGAAUACAGUGACUGAACCGAAAAAAAAACCUGGUUACUAAUUUUUUUUUUUUUUUUGGUUAAAUUUUGCAAGCCCGAGAAAGGGUGCUCCUUUGGCUGUGUGCCAAAGGGAUUGCAAUAGCUGGUUCAUAUUUACGAACCAAAACAAACUGUGAUCGAUGGCUCCUCUCGUCAAUUAAACACGUUUCUGCGAGCGCCUCUUUUAAGAUCAACGUACUAGUUUCUUCAGCUAUAGCACAAAACAACAGGACAGCUAUUUUCAUUUUCACAAUUUGGACAUUAUUAUGUAUAAAAUGUAUAAGAAUCUGCAAAUCCAAGUUUUUUCCUUUUCGUUUGUGUUGCGCUGGGCUAUAAAUAGAACGAGAUUCAUCAUCUUUUGACAAUUUUCAACGAAUUAAGGAAACUUUUACGAAGGGUAAUGCAUAUUUUAUUGUCACUCAACACGAACUGGAUUCGCUUGCGUUUAUGCUUCAUUUUAAACAGAACUUACCCCUGAAAACAUGGACUGGGUUUUUCAAAAGGCAACUAAACUAACCCAGGGUUUGUGUGAAACUUUGUGAUGUUGUAGACAGUUUAAGUAUAAUUAUUUCGUUUCCUGCAAGUUUACGUUAAUUUAAGACAAAAUUGGCAAGACAUUAGCUCUAAUGAGCAUGUUUAAUUUGUAACAAGAGAGCAUCUCUACCAAGCUUGGCUCACUCUCGGCAAAAGAACCCGUUUCACAUUCACGAGAAGCGAACAAAGAAACAGAGAAAUAAAAACAAGAUAGAGCUUAGGAAAUGAUAUUCACAAAGCAAAAUAGUAAAAACUUUACGGACUCUUACACCGAGGCAAACUUCCAAGGUUUAGUUUCAAUUCGGGACUAAUGUUAAGCGCCAUUUGAACAACCAACCUCUGGCUUAUAUCCUUUUUAGUGGUACAUAGCACUCCGACUUUAAAGUCACCAAUUCAAAGUUCGAAACAAGAUUGAGAAAGUUAGCUCCACACAGAAACUUUACUCUGAUGGUAUUUAAUUAUGAAUUGGUGCGAAUCGUGCUUCGAACAAAUUGACGUUGAAAAUUUGAACCCGUGCUUACUCUUUAAAGACGACCUCUCAGGAGAGUGGCCGAUUGUCAAUUAAAGCAGUUUUUUUUUCAAGAGAUUAACAAUUAUCGAAGAGUGGAUAUUUUGUUAUAAUUUAUUCCAUUGAUAAACAGCCCGCACGAAUUUCCAUCGGCUCGACGAAUUAUCAGUUAAAGUUUAAAAAAAUUCAUCAACUUAAAACGUUUUAUAUAUUCAGCUAUUUUCGGUAUUUCGUUUGUCCAAGUUAUAAAGUAUUAUAUUUCAAGAUUAAUCUCACAAGAGAAAUUUUUAAGUGGGUGUCGAAUGUGAUCCGGAUUGAUUUGGUUUCGCGUCAUUAUGCGCUAUGAUUGGUCCUGAAAAAGCGACGUACAUUAGCGUUUCCCAGCGCCCUAAGCAGCUGUCAUUGGUUCACCUUUUAGCGCCUUUCUUCUAACUGGCUCUGGUACAAUUACUUUGGUUCUCGUUUUACUUCACUCACUCAAAUUGCGCUCAAUGCACUGCUCGCGUCGCAUCGUUCUACGUUCUUGUGAAUUGAUGGCAUUAGAAACGUCGAAAAUUUAAUUAACGUGAAGGUCUAUUCAGAAGAGUAGAGUAGUGCCAUGUUAUCAAGUUAAAAGAUAAAAACGUUUCGCAUAAAUCAGAAACUUCUUUAUAUGUGUAUUUUUAAAAUGGAUAAUGUGCAAAUUUCGUGGUUUAAAUUAUUAAAUCAUAUCAACUAC